CAAAACUGAAAUAACAGUCUCAAACCCCUACCAAGAACAUGGCGCUCUCCUCCAAGAACCAACUCCUCUCUCUCCUCCUUCUCAUCCUCUCCUCCUGUAUCCUUAUCCCCGAACCGACGGUCGUCUCAUUCAAUCCGUCCAUCGGUAUCACCUACUCCAGGCACCCCACCUCCAAUCUCCCCCGACCUGAUCGGGUCGUCUCCACCCUCCGAUCGCUCGGAGUGACCCAUGUCCGGAUCCUUAAUCCCGAUCAUGACAUUAUCCGCGCUUUCUCCUACUCAGGCAUCUCCCUUCUCCUCUCCAUCUCAAACACUUACAUCCAUGCAAUGGCGGCUAACCAAUCCCAAGCCGUCCAAUGGCUCUACCGCAAUGUUGUACCCUUCUACCCCCGGGCCCACAUCACCACCAUCUCUGUUGGCAAUGAUAUCCUCACCUCCUCCCCUGAUCUCACUGCCUCUCUGAUUUCUGCCAUCCGACACGUCCAUCUUGCCCUCCAUGAUCUCGGGAUCCGCAAGAUCUUGGUCUCAACUACACUUCCCUUCGACAUCAUCACAAGCCCGUUCCCGCCCUCGGCCGCUGAAUUCAAGAAACCCGCUGCGGAAUGGAUCAUGAAGCCGAUCCUGGAUUUCAUCACCACCACCAACUCGUCGUUCUUGAUCAACGCCUACCCAUACAAGCUGUUCAGAUCACACCCAGAGGUCCCUAUCGGAUAUGCUCUGUUUCAACAGAAUCCCUUCAAUUUCCGUGAGGACCCGACGACGGGUGUCCAGUACCGGAACCUGUUCGAUGUGAUGGUUGAUGCGGUGAACAGUGCUAUGGCGGCAAUGGACCACAAGGGCAUACCUGUAAUUGUGACAGAAACGGGGUGGCCGAGCGAUGGGGAUGUGAAUGAGCCUGAAGCGAACAAACAGUAUGCGAGCAUGUACAAUGUAGGUUUGGUAAGGCAUCUGAGGUCAGGCCUUGGGACGCCGAUGCGGAGGGAAGGGCCCACAGAGACUUACAUAUUUGAGCUGUUCGAUGAGGAUAUGAAGCAAGGGCCGAGAUCGGAUCGGCACUGGGGUGUUUUGAAUCGGAACAUGACGAUGAAGUACCCGAUUCCUUUCUCCGGUUCAAACAGAUGCUUUGUGGCGCUUUUGAAGCAGAUGGUGGUGAGUUUCUGUUUGAUGUUUGCGUUCUUGGUGUAGGAAGAUCUGUAGUUAGUCCUUGUGGAAUCAGGUGGCAAGAAAUACAAUUUUCUUCUUUUCUUUCUUCAGUUUUUUUGAUGGAAAAUGUGUACAUCUGUAAAUUGAAAUUGCU